AUUUACUUUCAUUGUUUGAUUUACUUGAUGCUCAUUGUUUCUCCUAUUUGAAAGCACGCUAAAUAUAUUUAAUAUUCAUGUUCAAAGCAUGGAUGGUAUGAUGUGAGUAGCUAUGCAUUAGAAGAUCUUGUGGAAUAUGAUCCUAGGGCAUCCUUGGAUUUACCAUUUGCAUGUACAAUUUAGUCAUUAAAGCCUGUGACAAGGAUCACAACGUGACUUAGCAUUUUUUGCCUGAUCUAGAGGCCGCAAACUCACCUCCAGCGCCAACCAAAACGAAUGUGUUUAAGGACCGGGGGCUAGGAUGGAGGAUCACCAUCGUGAUCUCACAAUCAUGAUGCUGCAAUCUUGUAUGUGUCCCUAGCCACCUAUGAAUAUGAGGAGACCUAUUUUUUUUAGAGGGAGUCGGCAUAGAACGAGAAAUUAGGGUUACUGGACCGUUUUAGAGAGAGAAAACACCUUGAGUGAGCUUAGGAAGGAGGAUUCCAUCCAAGAUUCAAGGAGAAGGGUGCUAUCCGAAGAGAAGAAGAUGACUUCCAACAUUUCCUCUCUUCUUUAUUUAUGUUUCUUCUCUAUAUGACUUGAACCCCUGAGGUUGUUUAGGGGAGAUGAAUUAUAGUAUGUAGCUAGAGUUUGUUGAUUGAAUGAUAUCUAUAUUAUGAUUUGUGUCCAUAUAGUGUGUUAAUGCUUCUAGUUGUGAUUUAGAUGCAUGAUUUUGUACAUUGCUUGAAUUAGACCUAGGCAAGUUCUUGUUUGUGUAAUUUUUUUUUUGAAAGACAUACGUCAAACGUCUAGAUCACAUUAGCAAUAACACGUUCAUGGGAGAUUCCCAUUACAUCACGGUUGAUCUAUUGGAUCAAAUCCCUAUCGCACACGUUGAAGGGAUGUGUGCCAAAAUCAUAAUCCUGAGCCUUGCUUGCCAAGAACUUGACAGUGAAAUUGGCUUCCCUAUACACAUGGGACACUCUAACGUUCCAUUGUAGAUCAAAUUUGCGGAUAAGUUGAUCAUCUGAUCCCCUUCCAAUUAGGAACCUACCUAGUAGAUGCUAUUGAGGUGAGUGUGUGACCAUCGACUCACCAUACUAGUGUGAGGACGGGUAGAACUCGUUUAGAGGAUGUAGACCUUACAUCUAGUCACAGAAGUUGAUUGUGGUGACAAUGAAGUAUGAACCAACGAAUGCGACUAGAAGGGGGACCAGGAGACAUGACUAUUUGUUGAUGCCAAGCUUGGAGGAGCCUGCUUCAAUGUGUUUGAGGUCCGGUGAGCGCCGAUCUUACUGGCCAACGUCCGCCACCAGCCUCCGAUCGAGAUGGACACCUGCAAAACAAAAGGACCCGCCGGCGGUGUGUCGGCGGGGACCUUCUCCGAAGCUCAAGUCAGUAUUGAGAGGAGAGUAACCGGGAGCGACAUAUUGAGCUGGCUCUUGAGAGAGAUUUAGAAGUUCCACUCCAAAAUCAACUGCCCAAAAAGCAUAAAUGAGCGUCCUAUUUAUAGGUGCCUCCUGCUUUGGGCAUAGAUGGCGUGUGAGUAAUAAAAUAAUAAUAAAAAAAUAUAUCAACCUUCCAACCACCUAAUGUGCAAUGGAUGGUCGUGUAAAGAAAUAACACAUACUUGUCUGCCUUGUACCUUUUCACGUCUAGGUGUCUAGGUGUAAGAGUGAAGUGGAUGAUGGUAAACAAAGACAUCUUCAUCUCCAUGUUAAGACGAAUUGGUCAAUUGGGGUUUAGAGUGGGUGGGUGAUGGAGGAACUUACAAAUUGGCAAGUGUAUUCAUUGGUGGUAGGGGUAAUGACUAAUUAGGAGUUAAACCCAAACCUCCUUUUCUCACCAAUGAACACGUGGCCAUGAGGUGUCAUUUAGGGGGGAAUUACUUUCUCCAAAUUAGUUGUCAAAGCACCAAAAAGUGAGGUGGCGAAAUAUACUUGCCUUUUGUCAUGCAUGUGUAAUGAAGGGAAGCUUUUGUCAUUGUGUAUGUUUAAGUGAGAUAAAUCAUCUCCAAACCAAUUAAAUGGGGAUGAAGAAACACUUACCACCUUACAUUUGCUUCUUCUUUUCCACGUGGAAGUCAAGGGUAAAGGAGGAUGGUUGCUUGAUAUAAUUAUAAGGAAACACAACACAUAAAACACCCACCUCAUAUAUUACGUGUAAGUGUAAUGAGCAUUGUAUGGCGGACAUGUAUGUAGUUGGGUUUCCUUUGAUGAGAAAUGCUGGCUUGCCACAUCCCACUCUUGGUCCACGUGGAAGAGGAAGUUUUGGGUGGGAUUUAUGUGUUUCUUAUUUCAAUUGUUUGGAUGAUAGCAAACACUAAUUGUAACCUACCAUACAAUUUCUCUCUUUGGCUACGUUUAAAAGAGAGGAUAGAUGAUAUGUUAAUUGUAUUUUUAAUAUGUAAGACAUUCAUGAAAAAAUGAUAAUGAUGUACGAUGUCGGUUGAAUACUGGGUUAAUCACUAUUGGUAGUGGUUUGCGUAGUUAUAGACUUAUAGUAGUUUUUUUUAAGUUUGUAGUAAUUUUUUAUAACUUAUGGUAGUGAUUCUUAUUAAAAAUCAUCAAUCAGUACAAAUUAAAAUUUGUUAAAUCACUACUAGUUACAUGAAAAUAAAUAUGAAUCAUUAUAAAAACAAUACGAUCAGCUAUCAAUAUUAAUUAAAAUUUCUUAAAUCACUACUACUGACAAUAAAAUCGCUACUAUCCGCCAAAAUCAUAGUAGAAAUGAAAUUAUUAGUAAUUUGCUAUAGAAAAUGGCUACUAAAAAGAAGAUAGAUAAAAUAGAUUUUAUACUUUCAUUAAUGUAUUUUAUUUUUUUUAAAUACCAAACAUGCCCUUCAUUAAUCAUUACCAACCACCGUCAAAUUCAACUUAAAGAAUAGAAAGUAGCAUCCAACACUUUUUCGACCAAGAUAUUAUCCUCCAUGGGCCAUUGACAGAACGAGAAGACUGAAACAUCAAACAUGUGUCCUUUUAUAUGGUAUUCAUAUAUGAACAAAUAUUUUAAAAAUAAAUAUUCAAAUUAUUCAUUGACGAAAGAUGAAAUAAUAUACUAUUACAAGUUUUCUUUGUAUAAAAACUGUGACGUGUUACCAUAGUCGAAAAGAAUUAUUAAAAAAACAUUAUUUUUUAUAUUCUUAAGUAAUGUAAAACUAAAAAAAAAUUAUUAUAUAAGAAACUUCUCAUAUUACGUAAAUGUCUAGUAUUCGAGUUCUAUAUAUACACCUAUUUGGGGUUGUGAUUUUUCUCCAAAUUUUAGGUGUGUCGUGACAACCCCAAAUAAAGGUUUACUUCGCCA